AUGACAUUCACUGCUCCAGUUCGCUCGAUUGACCGACGCAGAGGAUUCCCCAGCUGUCUGGGACAGGGGGCCGCCGUCUUCCCUAGCACCGUCGUGCCAAUUGUCUUGGCCGUCUUGCCUGUCGUCUUGGCCGCCGUCUUCCCUGUCGCCGUGGUCGCCAACUCCCUAGUCGUCUUGAUCGGCCAAGAGCAAGUGAGGAGGAAGAAGAAGAGUAGCUUAGUACUACUACUGCUACUACUACUACAACAUCCAACAAAACAAAACAAGCUGGCGAACCGGUGGUGGACCGGCCCGCACCUGGGCCUCCCGGGCUCCGACACGGGAUCAGGCCCCUCCGGCUCGAAGCCUCCGAAUCAAGACACGCCGACCAAAGAACCUGAGCCGAGCGGCGGCGGCGGUGGCGAUGAUGACGACAGAGACAACAGCAGCGAGCCGCGAGAAGGCGCCGUCGUGGCGAGCAACCGCCGACCCCGGGGCCGGCCCCCCGGGUCGAAGAACAAGCCCAAGCCCCCCAUAUUCGUCACCCGGGACAGCCCCAACGCGCUGAGAAGCCACGUCAUGGAGGUGGCCGGGGGCGCCGACGUGGCCGAGUCGAUCGCGCAGUUCGCGCGCCGCCGCCAGCGCGGUGUCUGCGUGCUCAGCGGCGCUGGCACCGUCGCCAACGUCGCAGCUCCGGGGGCUGUCGUGACGCUGCACGGCCGCUUCGAGAUCCUCUCCCUCACCGGCACCUUCCUCCCUGGCCCGGCCCCACCAGGCUCCACCGGCCUCACCGUCUACCUAGCUGGCGGCCAGGGGCAGGUCGUCGGGGGAAGUGUCGUCGGCUCGCUGAUUGCCGCCGGGCCCGUGAUGGUUGUUGCCUCCACGUUCGCCAACGCCACGUACGAGCGGCUGCCGCUGGAAGAGGAAGAGGAAGGGCCCAGCACUCAGCCCGGGCAGCUGCCCCCUGGAGUGUCCGCGGCACCGCUGAUGGGCGCAGUCGGGCCCUCGGGGCUGCCCGACCCCUCGGGGCUGCCGAUCUACAACUUGCCGCCGAAUUUGGUUCCGAACGGCGGGCAAUUGGGGCACGACGCAUUCGCAUGGGCGCACGCGAGGCCACCGUACUAAAAGGAAUGAAUUAAUAUGCUCGAACGAAGAAUCAAGAGAAAGAAAGAAGAAGAAUGAUCAUGAGAUGCCACUCACUGCACGGAGGUGAUCAAUUAACGAACUAUAUAUUUUUAGGAUGAGGAACUCGGUUCAUCGAUCAGUUUAUAAUUUCAUUAGGUAGUAUAUAAUUUAUGUGGUAGUAAUGAAUGACAUUUGUCUUUGCACUCUAACAAAGGCGACAACAUAAUCAUGUUGCGAUAAUGCUAUUAUUAUCUACGCUUUAGAUUGUACUUGUGGAUCAGGUUUGUUUUAUGGAUGGGGUUCGUAGCAAAUUAGGCUUAAAUCGAUAUUCUCAUGAUAUGAUAUUUGCUCUUUUGAGACA